AUGGCAAGAGAUUCAAAUAUUCUUGGUUCAUGGGGAAAUAAAGAAUCAAUGAAUUUAAAUUCACUCGUACUUAAUAAUAUAAUGGCAUCACAGUAUUUCAAGAAUGCAUUGUACGAAAAAAAAACUUAUCAUGAAGUUGUCGAUGAAAUUUAUUAUCAAGUUAAACAUUUAGAACCAUGGGAAAAAGGUAGCCGAAAAACAUCAGGUUUAACAGGCAUGUGUGGUGGGGUUCGCGGUGUCGGUGGUGGUGGAAUUGUAUCAACGGCAUAUUGUUUAUUAUAUAAACUAUAUACAUUAAAAUUAACACGAAAACAAGUUAUUAGUUUAACGACUCAUACUGAUUCACCAUAUAUACGUGCACUUGGUUUUAUGUAUAUUCGAUAUACACAACCGCCAAAUGAAUUAUUUGAAUGGUUUGAAGAAUAUCUCGAUGAUACUGAGACUUUAGAUGUGAAAGCUGGUGGCGGUUGUAUGAUGUCAAUAGGACAAAUGCUACGUCAAUGGUUGAUACGUAUUGAAUGGUAUGACACAUUAUUUCCUCGAAUACCAGUUCCAACACAAAAAGAUAUCAUGGAAAAACUGCAUGCUCAUGGUCCAUAUAAAGGCGAUAAUUAUGGUGCACAUUCAAGAUAUGGAUAUGAUGAAUAUGAAGAAGAAGAACAAUAUCAAUCGAAAACAUCGAAUGCUAUUGAUAUGCCUGAAACAUUUGGUAAUGUUGCUUCAUCAUCCAAUGAUCGUAAUGGAUCUUAUAAUAAACAUUAUUCAUCAACAUCAGAUUCUUAUCGUGAUAAAAAAUAUAGAUCAUCACGUGAUGAUCGUUCUCGUUCUCGUUCUCGAUCACGUUCACCUGAUCGUCGACGCCAUCAUCAUCAUCAUCGAGAUAGCAGUUCUGAACGUUAUAAAUCACAUAAACAUCAUCAUCGUCGUAGUUCUGAACGUGACGAUCGUCGACGACGAGAUCAUUAUCGAUCAAAAUCACGAACACCACCACCUGAUAGUCGUUAUCGUAAUGAUAAACGUGAUCGUUCAUAA